GAAACUUUCACCAUGGCGCCGAAAAGGAACAACAUGAUUCCUAAUGGUCAUUUCCACAAGCAGUGGCAGCGUUACGUCAAAACCUGGUUUAAUCAGCCCGCUCGUAAGAAGAGGAGGCACGCACAUCGUGUGUCCAAGGCCCGACGUGUUCCCCGACCUACGACUUCAUUGAAGCCCAUCGUUCGGUGCCCAACUUUCCGCUACAACACCCGUGUUCGUGCAGGAAGAGGAUUUAGCUUGGAGGAGUUGAGGGCUGCCAAGAUCCCCAAGCGCUUUGCCCCAACCAUUGGCAUUGCUGUUGAUCACCGCCGCCGCAACAAAUCUGUGGAAUCUUUGCAGAUGAAUGCUGAGCGCCUGAAGGUUUACAGAAGCAAAUUGAUCCUCUUCCCACGCAAUGCCAAGAAACCCCAAAAGACUGAUGCUACUGCUGAGGAAAUCAAAUUGGCCCAACAGUUGACUACUGAAGUCAUGCCCAUUACCAGGUCAUACAAAUUGGAGAAGGCCCGUGCCAUCACCGCAGCCGACCGCAAAUUCUCUCCUUAUGCUGUACUCCGCACGGCACGAACAACAGCGCGCCUUGCAGGCAUUCGUGCCAAGCGGGCUAAGGAAGCAGCAGAAGAUCCGGAAGCGGCUAAGGAGGCAAAGGCAAAGGCUGCCAAAGCUAAGGCUGCCAAGGGUGGCAAGAAGAAGUAAAUCGUUCUCGGGAUUGAUUUGUAUUUCCGUCACUUGGCAAAAAUACAAAGUGAACUGUCCCGUCA